AAACAAACAAUAUACAGUCUGCCUCAUAUCAUUACGAGAACCUACCAGCGGAGCUCGAAGGAUCAUUUUGUGCCCUGGAUCAUAAGUCUUUGAAAUAUGGAUACAGUUCUUGUUCAGUUGUGCAGUUGAGCAAAACCAUCUGUGUUGUGAGACAGUAAGAAAUUUGCACCCCGACCGACAACCAAACGACUGAUCUAAUGGAGGGUCCUGUUCUGACAGAAAGUGAAGUUUGGAAAGUUGGUUUGGGGACCAACACGAGUGACAGAAUUGACUUUUCACCCCUUAUGAACGAUGAAAGCUUGAAGAAAGAGUCUGAUGUCCAAGAGGAGACCUGCAGCAACAUCGAGGAGCCGUCUGAUCCAGAGUUAACACCAGAUCAGAUCAAGUCAGUGAUUCCACAAGAGAUGAGAUCAGAAGAGGAUUUAUCUUCAACUCAAACUGAAGCCAGGAGCGAGGAGACAUCUGAGCCAGCAUGUAAGCAAGAGAUGUGUCAUAUCCAAGCAGAGUAUAAGAACCAACCAGACCUAAACCAAGAGAUCACCAUACUGGUGACCAAUCACGAUUGUACUUUGGAGGAUGAUGAGAAUGAGGAUUUAGAGGAGCAGAAGAUCUGCCAUGUUGAAUCCAAGAGCAUCUCUUCAACAGAACCAAUUGAGGAGGAAAGUCAAGAUGGUUCCAUCGUCGUGGCGAACGUGAUUGAGGUCAGUCAGGUCCAGAAGGCCAGAAUGACAGGUAAUAUGUCUACCGAGCAAAAUACUAACGCCGAGGAACCCAAACCGCCUGGAGAUCAAUCCCGGGAGGUCAAAAACAACGAUGAGACGGACUUAAAAAAAGCUCCCUCAGAUUCAAACCUUUCACAGACAACGGAUGCAAGCAGUACCGGUGCUAACGCAAACACUGAACCCAGAGCAUCAGUGGAAGUCUGUGGUUUAAAAGAUCAAACCAAACAACCUGAAGGUGAAGAAAUAACCAUAAAACUAAAGGAAACCGAAUCUACAAAAUGCAGGAAUUCUGGUCGGCCCCCUCAAGAGACACUGGCUCUGACUCGGUCGCCCGGACGACAACAGCACAUUCAAACCCAAGUCAGCCUGGAGGUGAUGUAUCAGUCCGUGGCCACCAGUCCCAUGACACCUCAAGAGGGUUCUUCUGCAUUUCUGUUCCCAAGCUCCUUUGGGAAGUUGGGAAGCAGUUGCACUAAGGAGGCAGCCCCGACCACUGAGACCAAAGAUGCUGAGCUCCAGGUGAGCCACGGGGUGGAGUUUCGAUCGGUCGCAACAGCUCCGAUGACACCUACAACCUUGACCGCACCUGAGUUUAUUCCUGAGCCGGAACCUCGGAUAGGGGUGACGGCGGAACAGCCGGAACCCGUGCAGGAGGUGAGCUGGGAUGAGAAGGGAAUGACAUGGGAGGUGUACGGUGCUGUGGUCGAGGUGACAGUGCUGGGAACGGCCAUCCAAAAACAUCUGGAGAAGAAACAGAAGAAACUUUCGACAGUGUCCGUGUCUACAGAUGCUCCACAAAGUGAAACGAUGGAAACAUCUGUGCCCAUUCCUUCCAGUCCUCCACCCAUAUUGGAACCCAGCGAGUGCAGCCCAAUCAAAGAACAUAGUCUGAAAAUUGGGGAAAAGGAAGAGAAUGGGGGCAGGCCACGACGGAAUGUGUUUCGCCGGUGGUUUAGGAACGUCAGGCGGCCCAGCUGUUGUUCAAGACCACGUCAAAAUGAGGAAAACUGAGGAACUUUGGCUUCAGUGAUGGCCAUGUGCAGGACUGGGUUGUGUUUUUAAGUACAGACAUUAAAUGGAUGGUCGACCAUAAUCAUUUUUUUGGUUUGUUUUACGUGCACACGCUUUAUGAACAUAAUUUUUUUCUUGCUUUCUGCCUUUUUGCUAUAAGUAGGCUACUUUGCUUCUGUCAAAAUGUGCUGCACAGAUGUUUUUGUGGUCAGCGAGGAUCACUUUUGAAGUGCCCUUUUAAAUAAGUUCUGUAGGAGGGAUUUUACCUUUAAAAUUUAUAUAACUACAUAAAAAAAUUGGGUUAUUUUCAACCCAUGUUUGGAUCAAAAGGGAUACACCCAAUCACUGGGUUAAUUAACCCAAAAAUGUCCAUAAAUGUCCAAACCAUUGGUUAAAACAAUCCAUUGUUUUGAGUAAAACGAAUUCAUAACCCAACAGUUGGGUUUAUCCUUUUUUGACUCAACCAUAUGUUUAAAAUUGCUCUUUUUCGUUUAAGUCUAUAUAUAAUAUAUAUUUAACUUUAUAUAUUUACAGCAGCUGUCCGUAACUUUUGCCUCUCUAUCAUAAUCUGUUUAAAACAUUAAAUUGCAGAUUACGUUGUGUACUUAUGUUGUUACAUGUUCAAAGCAACAUGACAAUUAUAGAGAAAUUAAAAAUAUGGCCCAACAGAUCAAAUCCUAAAUCAUAAUUUUAAGCAUACCGUUGUGAAACUGGGUAAGAUAUGAACAUAGUUUAGAUGUUUUGUAUAUUUGCUCAUUAGGUAAUUUUUAUUUUUAACAUCAACAAAACGAUACUGAUUGCAGGUUUAAGGAGCCAUAAAAACAACAUUUAUAGAGCAAAAUAUUGUCAUUUAGAAGAAAAAAAACUAUUCGUUUUUGGUGUUUCAGGCAUCUCAAGGUGAUGCUUUUGCAAUGGUGAAAUGUUUGGUGUUCUUUUUAGAAGUUUCAAACCUUUUUCUAUUCGCUUUUGUAUAACUGUGUGGUUUGUAGUGGAUUUGUCUUGUAUCUGCAGUUAAGCUCAGCAAACCCAUCACGAGCGCACAUUCUGGCCUCACGUCCACUAUGAUGGUUUGUGACCAUUGUGAUAGCUGUAAAGUGGUAUAGUUUUAAAAUUAAACCACAUCU